AUGAAGCGUGCGGAUCCCAAAGCGACCGGCACGGCAUUCCGCAAGGCGGGCAAGCGCUCGCGUGACAGCGACUCGGGCAGGGAGACUUUCCAGUCGAAGCGCACCCGCUCGGACGGCGCACCGCCCAAGCCGAGCACGAAGCGGACCGAUGGCAAGGGCGCACCUAACCCCCCUGCGCCGUGGACCAAGUCGCCCAAGGGCGCGUUCCGCGGCGACAAGCCGCUUGCCAAGUCCAAGGCACCUCCGAAGAAGCAAGGCAGAGGGCCGGUGCAUGCGCCCAAGGCGCUUGCCAAGCCCGAACCCAAGGCCAAGGCCGGGCCUACGCCGGCCAAGCGCGCCACCGACGCACCGGCCAAGGAGAACAAGCCGCGCAAGACUCCGGGUCCCGCGCCUGCGUCGGACCCCAAUGUGCCCCGGCGGGGCAUGCGCAUCAUCUCCGGCUCGUACGAGCGCUUCUUGUACGGCCUGUCGGCCUUUGUGCGUAUGGAUGGCGACGAGUACACCUACGCCAUCGAGCCGCAGUUUGUUUUCCCCGCGCACGUCUCCUCGAUCCGGUCGGUGGCAUGCGCUGGUGCGGACGCCAAGUGGCUGGUCACGGGCGGCACGGACGAGACGAUCAAGGUGUGGGACCUGCGCCGCCGGAAAGAGGUCGGUGCUCUGAUCGGCCACGAAGGCACGAUCACGUCGCUGUCGUUCCCUUCGCGCACCUUUAUGCUGUCUGCGAGUGAAGACGGUGUGUUGAAUUUGUACCGCACGCGCGACUGGUCGCUGCUGCGUACGCUGCGUGGCCAUACCGGCCGCAUCAACUCGGCGAGCGCGCAUCCCAGUGGCCGCAUCGCGCUGUCGGUCGGCGCCGACCGCAUGAUCCGUAUGUGGGACCUGAUGCGAGGACUUGGCGCCUCGUCGGUCAAGAUUGGCGUCGAAGCCGACAAGAUUCUCUGGGACUCGGCCGGCAAGCGGUUUGCUGUGCUGGCCGGGCGCCAGGUUAUGGUGUUUGGCACGGAUAUGACCAAGGUCGCCGAGAUCGAGCAGCCGAAACGUCUGCACGACGUGAGCUUCGCACGUGCCAAGGUCGGCGGCGCAGAGCACGAGCUGAUGCUCGUUGCGUGUGAAUCGGGCGUGGUGCACAUCUACGACCUAGACGAUAUGCUGCCGGCCCCUGCACCAGAGAACGAGGAGGAGGACGAGGAGCUGCCCAGUCCCCGCGAGCUGGCACGCCUGGUCGGCCACGCGAAUCGCUCGGACGGGUUCAUCCGUGUCUUUGACUUGACUGACGCACUCGAGGGCGAGGACAUUGUCGAGCUUGAGGCGGCCGUGCAGUACGACACGAAGCAGUCGCGCCUUACGUGCAUGAGCGUCUGUGGCUUUGACCCCGAGCUGAGCGCGCUCGGUGCAGAGGACGAACUCGAGGAGGAGCUCGAGAACGAGGACGAGGAGGAGCUCGAGGACGAGGACGAUGCUGUUGACACGACGAUCGACGAAGACGACGCCGACGAUGCCGAAGACAGUGACGAGGAGCUUGCGCGACUUGAGGAAGAGGUGCAGCGUGCGCGCGAAGCCGGUCUUGUCAUUGACGGCGAAGAGGGUAUUAUUAUGGAGGGCGAUGAAGACGAGGAGGACGAGAAGGACGAUGAAGACGAUGAAGACGAGGAGGACGAAGAUGAAGAUGAAGAGGAUGACGACGACGACGAUGACGACGACGACGACGACGACGAAGUCGAAGUCGAAGAUGAAGAAGAGGCCGAAGAGGCGUAA